UCAGUGCGAGUCAGAUGUUCGUCGAAGUAACGCGUCAAAUUCAAUUCAAAAUCGAACUUUUUUACGUGCCAUACGUGCUCAAGUGUUAACAAACAAGCGAAAUUAUCUCAUUAGUGACUCAAUUAAUCAUAAAAAUCUGCAACAUCAUCUGGAAAGUUUUACAAUGUCGAACAAAUUUUUGCUUUUUGUAUCAGUUUUUGUCCUGUCAAAUGCUUGCAGUGACAAUGCUCUUCCCGACAACCAAUCCAACUCAACGGUCUUCAGUUAUGUACAUCGCGCUGGAUGGAAUGCCGCUAUUCCAACGGUGGUCGAACCAUUUAGAGGAGCAGCGCCUUACGUGAUCAUUCAUCAUUCAUAUUUGCCGGGACAUUGCACGACGACAGCUGAAUGUAUCAAGGCGAUGCAAGAUAUGCAGAAAUAUCAUCAAGAAGUGCAAGGAUGGAAUGAUAUCGGGUACAGUUUUGGGGUUGGAGGCGACGGAUUGGUCUAUCAAGGAAGAGGAUUUAACGUUGUCGGAGCUCAUGCACCAAAAUUCAACGAUAAAAGUGUUGGAAUUUGCUUAAUUGGCGAUUGGAGAAAAAGCCUUCCUCCGAAAGCGAUGCUUCAAGCUGUUCAAGAUUUAAUUGAAUAUGGAGUUCAGAAUGGAAAUAUUGAAGAAGAUUAUAAAUUGUUGGGACAUCGUCAAGUAAGAGACACAGAAUGUCCCGGAGAAAGACUUUUUGAUGAAAUUAAGACAUGGCCUCACUGGGCAGAGGAACCUUAAAAAAAUUCGCCUUGAAAAAUCCAUUCUAAAUAUUUUUUUUUUAAAUAAAAUUUUGUACAGAGCUUAUGAAAGAUCAAAAAAUGACUUUCAAAAAAAUU